AUGGACAGCGUGGACAGUCUGAUUCUGAAGCUGCACGAUGUAAACGCGGUGAAAUUUGGGGAAUAUAAGCUGAAAAGUGGCAUGAUGACGCCUAUUUACAUCGAUCUGAGAGUGUUGGUGUCUCAUCCAGCGCUUAUGAACCAGGUUGCCACACUUAUUUACCAGAAGGUGAAGGAUGAGAAUCUCCAGUUUGACUCUGUGUGUGGCGUCCCUUACACAGCUCUGCCUUUGGCCACGAUUAUCUGCUCCAGACACGAGCUGCCGAUGCUCAUCAGGAGGAAAGAGGCCAAGGACUACGGCACUAAAAAGAUGGUGGAGGGAAUUUGUCGAGAAGGGGACAUUUGUCUCAUCAUUGAAGACACGGUGACCAGUGGGACCAGUAUUCUGGAGACGGCUGAAGUGCUUUACAAAGAAGGACUGAAGGUGACGGAUUCGAUAGUUCUGAUGGACCGGGAGCAGGGAGGAGUGGAGAUGCUGGCCUCGGAGGGGAUCCGUCUGCACCCCAUCAUCUCCAUGUUCAAACUGCUGAACGUGCUGCAGGCGGCCGAGCGAAUCGACGCCCAGACGGCUCAGAGCGUUCGCAAGUUCAUCCUGGAGAACAACACUUUCAGACCCAAAGAGGAGGAGAACGGCAACGGCGAAUCCCGUCCCAAGAAGCCAUGCAUCGAGCACAAAGAGAUGACUUAUGCAGAGAGAGCCAAACUACCAAACAUUCACGCUCUCGCAUCCAAGUUGCUGACCGUCAUGGAGGAGAAGCACUCCAACCUGUGCGUGUCGGCCGACGUGACCAGCACCGAGGAGUUAUUGGAGAUCGCGGAGUCCCUCGGCCCCAAGAUCUGUCUGCUGAAAACUCACAUCGACAUACUCAAGGACUUCACAAGUGAAACUGGUCAGAAGCUGCAGGCCGUAGCCGAGAAACACAACUUCCUCAUCUUUGAAGAUCGAAAGUUUGCCGACAUUGGGAACACAGUCAAGCAUCAGUAUGAAGGGGGGCUGUACCAGAUCUCCUCGUGGUCCCACAUGGUAAACGCCCACGUGGUGCCGGGUCCAGGGGUGGUGCGGGGGCUCAGUGCGGUGGGGAAGCCUCUGGGUCGAGCGUGUCUCCUGAUUGGACAAAUGAGUUCUCAGGGAGCACUGGCCACCGGGGACUACACGCAGGCGGCGGUGAAAAUGGCCGAGGAGAAUUCUGAUUUCGUGAUGGGAUUUAUCUGCGGCGGGAAGUUGACGACCAGGCCAGAGUUUAUCCACAUGACCCCCGGAGUGCAACUGCAGAGCGGAGGAGAUGGUUUGGGGCAGCAGUACUCCACCCCAGAGAACGUGAUCCACAGCAAAGGCUCUGACGUCAUCAUCGUGGGACGCGGGAUCCUGGAGGCCCCCGAUAGGCUGAAAGCUGCCGAGGCGUACAGGAAGUCUGGCUGGGACGGCUACACACGGCGACUGGCUUUGAAUCAACAAUAG